GUGUUAAUGGUUCAUUCAUUGUGCAUUGCAGAAGUUGUUCUAUACCUACGCUUCAAAGCAUCCAGUAUUCUACUUUAAAAAACAUAACUUCGAUUUGAAUUUGAAGCUUCAUCUCAUAAAUAAUGUACAAACCAGAGCCGAAACAACAAUCACCCCACAAGGAAGCUGAGCAAAAACCAGCUCCAAAACAACCACCAACACUACAUCCGCAGGAUGAUCAUGUACACUCAGUGAAGCAAUCACCGAUAAAGGAAACUAAGCAUGAACCAGCACCUGAACAGCAACCAGCUCCAUCAUGCGUACCCGAGGAGCAUGUGCCAGAGCCGAAACAACCACCACCACCGUCAUGCCAGCCAAAAAAGCCACCUACUCAUCCGUGUCCUGAACCACCCACUCAUCCAUGCCCUGAACCGCCCACUCAUCCAUGUCCUCCGCCUCAAUAUCCUUCACAACAAUGGUCAUCUCAACAAUGCCCACCUUGUCCACCACAAUCAUCACAACCACAAUGUCCACCACAGUGGCCGGCAUGUCCCCCACAGGGGCCAGCAUGUCCCCCACAAGGGCCAGCAUGUCCCCCACAAGGGCCAGCAUGUCCGCCACAGUGGCCCACUAGCCCACCACAGGGACCGGCAUGUCCGCCACAGGAGCCAGCAUGUCCUCAACCACUUCCUCCAGCUCAAUACCCCUCACAACAAUGGUCAUCUCAACAAUGGCCAUCUCAACAAUGGUCAACUCAACAAUACUCACCCAAACAAUGUUCACCUUGUCCACUUCCAGUACCGCCACCGUGUCCACCUCAACAAUCACUACCUCCAUGUCCGCCACAGUGGUCAGCAUGUCCCCCACAGGUGCCAGCAUGUCCGCCAUCAUGGUACCCUCUGCCACAACAGCAAAAACAAUAUCAUCAACAAGGGCCACACCAGCAACCACAACCUAAAAUCAUCUGCAUAAACAUGUAAAGAACGCAUUAAAACCACUGAAAAUGGCAUAAAAGCACAUCUUAAUCUUUCAUUUUUUUGCACUUCUAUUUAUUGUAUUUUACUCAAGCUUAUUUUACUCGAGUAUUUUAA